AUGGCCGGCGGCGCGGCAGCCCCGGCCCUGGCCCUCGCGCUGCUCCUCGCCCUGCACGCUGCCGGAGAGCCGCUGCCGGGGCCAGCGCACGUGCGCUUUGCUGCCGAGACCGCGCAUCACCUGCUGCGCUGGGAGCCGGGGCCCGGCUCGCCCCGUGACGUGCGCUACGACGUGGAGCACGGCGUGUACGGCCCGGGGUUCUCCUGGACGGCUGUCCCCAGCUGCACCCGGAUCCCGGGGCGCUCAUGCGACCUCACCUUCUACACGCUGGACCCGGAGCUGCGCUACUACGCCCAGGUGCGGGCCGUGUCUGGAAACCGCACGUCGCCAUGGGAGAGGACCGGCCCYUUCUCCCCCAAGGAAGCCAGGCUGCGCAUCGCGGGGCAGAGCCUCUCCGUGACAGGCAACACCAUUGGCGUGAAGCUGCAGCUGCUGCUGCAAGCCGGCAACAGCACCRUCAGGUACGAGGACGUCCAGAGGCACGCACGGCACUACAAGGUGUACAUCAGGCACGCGCGGGACAACCGGACGUAUGAAGUGCUGGAGACCCAGCCGGAGUUCAACAUCAGCAGCCUGUUCUGGGACACGGAGUACUGCGUGAGCGUGGAGCCCGUCGUGGCGAGCCGGCCACUCUGCGCAGUGCGCACCGCUGAGCAGUGCGUCACCACCGGCCGCCGGGACGAGAGCACUGAGCUCCUCCUGAACAUCCUCAGCAUCAUCUUCAUCAUCACGCUGCUCCUGCUCUUCCUGGGGAUGCUGCUGGUCUGCAYGUACAUAAAGAAGCCCAUGAGGCCGCCAUCUGUGCUGAAGUCCUUCCUGAAGCAGGGCUCGCUCUGGGUGGAGCAGGAGUACUCCUCAUCGGCGCGGYCGGAGCCGGACCUUGUCCAGCAGCUCUUCCUCUGCCAGAAGGCACCGCAGCAGCCCAGCACCUCCAUCACGGCGCUCCAGCGGCUGCCAGAGCAGGGUUGUGCGCUGGUGGCACUGCCGGAGCACCGGACUCGCCUGCUGGGGCCGAGCACCGCGAGCAGCGGGGACCGCAGCAGCAGCAGCACUGACAGCGGCAUUUGCCUGCACAACUCCUCCCUGGAGCUGGGCCCGGCCGGCCGGGGCCCCGGGGCGCAGCCGUCCACCGGCGAGGACAGCGGCAUCAGCCUGGAGAGAGCCUCUCCCCGCCUGGAGCGCCACCAGACCGCGAAGGAGACGCGUGCGCAGCCGGCGGAGCACAGCCCUGCCGCGGCCGCCACGGGCGAGGACCGUCCCCAGGAGGUGCCGUUCCGGGGCUACCUGCAGCAGUGCCAGGGCACUGUAGAGCCUAGGUGGGACAGAGGCAAGGGGCUAUCCCCAUGGGGACACACGGAGCCCGUGCACGGCACGGACGUCGUGCUGGACAUGGCGUGUGCCGAGCUGCCCGUGGCCAAGGGCUACGUGAAGCAGACCCCUCCUACGCCUUCCCGCGGUCGCAUGCAGGACCUGCCGGCCCCCGGCCCCCCGCAGCAGCCCCCGGCCUGGGGCURCCCCAGCCAGCCGGGGCCCCCAGCGCCACAUGUGGACGAUUGCAGGGGCCCCGUGGGCAGCCCCGAGCUGCUGAAGGCGCCUUUGGAGCUGGGCCUCUCCGGCGGUGCCCCGCUGGGGCCGGCGCCCCUCGUCUCCAGCCUCAGCCCCAACAUGUGGCUGUCGCUGCAGCUGAACCCGCUGCAGGCGCUCAGCAAGGACAGCCGCCUCUAG